UACACACACGAAUAGUAAUAGAUUAAGAGAAAUCUGUGUUACUUUACGAAUGUGUAAAAUGAAGUGUAUGUAUAAAAAAGAGCAAAAGUUGAAGUAAUUAUUACAAUAAAGGAUCCAUUGCCAAUAACAUCCGGGUACGUUUGUGAAAUAGAUGUACUACUUUUCCUUCCUGUCAGUGGCAGAGGUGCAGUAUCGUUCGUGUUUGCUGCUAGAUCUAGAGGCCAGAUAUAAUUCUAUAGGAUAAUUUUAAAGAGGGAAACCGGGAGGAAAAAACCAACGCUUAUUUUUGCUAUGGAGCGUGACCCUGAUGCAUCAGCACUGGAGCCAGACUCGGCAUCAGUGGAACAACCUAAUGUAUCAGAAGCAAGAAAUAGUUCUGUCGAGGGUCAAGCUCAUGGCAGCUCUGUGGAAUCCCCAUCAGUGUCAUCCACAUAUGCUCAGUGCCCAGAAGUAAAACCAUGUCCUUCGAGGGAACCAGAUCUAGACUUCAAGCUGAAAGAUGGUAAUGGUCUUGCAGAAUCUUCUGAAGGUGUUUCUUCUCAGAGUAACCAGGACCAUGCUUGUUUCAAGGAGCACAGUAAUCAGAAAAUUGACUGUUCAGACAAUUUUGAUGAUGCAAUGGAUAACACAAGUGAAAUCAGCGAUUUCUCAGAUUUAAGCCAAGAGUCAUGGCAACCUGUACAAGGUCCUAUUUCUUGGGUUCAAGAUCAAAUGCGCCAAGGAAAGAGUCCAAGGAAGAUUUUGGAAGAGCUUGUUCCCUCUGGUACGAUGAUUCCUGAUGGUCUUGACCCGAUUAUGCUUUGGAAAAUAAUCAUCAACAUCGUGUCAGAACCACCAAAGCGCAAAAAGCUUCCCAACAUCAAUACUCUGGAUGAUGUGCUCGGGCUUCUAAGGACUUGCAAAAAGAUCGUUGUAUUGACUGGAGCUGGGGUGUCUGUGUCCUGCGGGAUUCCGGAUUUCCGCUCCCGGGAUGGAGUGUACUCCAGGCUUGCAAAAGAUUUCCCGAAUCUUCCAGAUCCUCAGGCGAUGUUUGAUAUUCAUUUCUUCAGAAGUGAUCCCAGGCCUUUUUUCAAGUUUGCAAAGGAAAUCUACCCAGGCCAGUUCAAGCCUUCGCUCUGUCACCAUUUUAUCAGAGCUCUUGAAGAGAAUGGAAAAUUGCUGAGAAACUAUACCCAAAACAUUGACACAUUGGAGCAGGUUGCUGGAAUAGAAAGAGUAGUGCAAUGUCAUGGAUCUUUUGCGUCAGCCACCUGCACCAUUUGUGGACUCAAAGUGGAUUCGGAUGCCAUCAAAGAAGAUAUUGUCAAUCAGGUCAUUCCUCCCUGUCCCAAAUGCACCCCAUCAGCAGGUAAUGCUGUCAUGAAACCAGACAUUGUGUUCUUCGGGGAGAGUUUGCCAGAACAGUUCCAUAAUCUGAUGGCUUUAGACAAGGAUGAAUGUGACCUUCUGAUUGUCAUUGGUUCUUCCCUGAAAGUUCGUCCUGUGGCCUUGAUUCCAAAUUCCUUGCCUGCAAACAUACCUCAAAUACUGAUCAACAGAGAGCGCCUCCCGUACUUAAACUUUGAUGUGGAGCUGUUGGGAAAUUGCGACGACAUCGUGGCUGACCUUUGUCGACGUCUGGGUGAUGGCUGGGAACAACUGGCUCAGCCUGGACCACCGUUGACCGAAGUUUCCCUCUCUGCUCUUCCAACACCACCUCGCAGUCCAUGGUCUGAGGAUUCCCACUCCUUGCCUUCCCUGUCAACUAUUGUAAAAGAGGUGGCUGAUUCAUCCUCGGCACCUACUGACAUGAGAGGCCCUUCGUCGUCUUCUGCUGAGGACAUGUCAGAAGCGAAACCGGAGGGAGAUAGCGAUGUCACAACUUCUACCGCAACGUCUCGUCACCUCAAGCAGUCUGAGGUGUCAGAGCCCACAGAAGAAAAAGGCGCAAAGCCUUUGACUGUUUGCCACAACACUAAAGAAGAGCAGCAACAUGAGCAGGCAAUGAAGAGUAGAGAAGGCAGCCAGUCACCAAGGAAAGGCAAAAGUUCAGUUCAGAGUCAUUCUUUGAAGCGGCCGUUUUCUGACCUUGCUAGCUCUAGUAAGUCUGAAUCUGAACCAACUUCUACUAAUAAUGAGGAGAGGGGCUCCGAUCCCUGCUGUUGCUCUGCCGAGACGAUUGAAACGAUUGUGAGCGCUGGUCACAGAAAGGAUGUCUUGUACAUGCCCAGCGGGGGCGAGCAGUCACAACAACAGCAAAACAGUAGUCACCAUCAUCACCACCACCAUGCUGUUCACUCAGACCAUGACUCGCCCAGAAAAUCUCACCACCACCACGAGCGUGCUCAGGUCGCAGAAAGCGAUCAGCAUGGUACAGACCAACAGCAACCAUGCUCAUUGUCUGGGACACAAGAGGAGAAGCGUGAUCCGGACAGUGAGUCUCCUCCUGGUGGGGAGGAUGGGCCAAAUGCUAAAAAGAUAAAGCUGAGCUCACAGCCUGAGCUGGAGGAUGGAGAUGAUCAGCCCGCAGAAGGAACUGGAUCGGGAGACGACAGCUCUCAGAUCGACUCGCUAGGGGAUAUCAGAAAGAUGUGGCAAGCCAAAAGAGUUAGUCUUGCAACAAGAUUGUCAGACGACCAAGUUCUGUUUUUGCCCCCGAGCUGCUAUGUCUUCAAGGGAGCCGAGGUUUUUUCUGGUGGUGACAGUGAUGACUCUGAUGACGAAAGUGACGCUAGAAAUGAAAGCAGCAGUUCAUCAAGCGACAGCGACGAGGAAAUGAACUGCGCCUUGGAAUUGUCAGAGCCCACUGGAAGCACUCUGGCAAGUACCACAGAUGAUCCUCCUGUGAAAGAGGUGACAGAUAUUGUGACAGACACUAAUGUUGGAAAAGCUGCAAAUGGAAGGGUAGAAUCUACUAUAGUGGAAGUCUCUGCUAGUGACCCAUGCACAUCGUCCUGUAGCGUAAUGGACAAAAAUUGUCAUGACGCACCAUGUGCAUCUGAUGAAGUGGGUGACCUGAAAGUAAGUGCGAAACCAAAACAAAAUGAGGCGGACUCAAGUGGUGAAAAUUCAGCUGCUUGAGGAAAAUGGGGGAUGCCUUUUUUUAUACUUCCAAGACAGAACAUUUCCAGAAUAUGCCUUCUUCAAAGAUGUAAAGAAUGUGCUCACAUUUUUGUGUUGGUUAUCUCUGUGGCUCUGUGUAAAAAAAAAAACUUUGAUUAUCCAAUGGGGACGGUUUUGAAAGUUGAUAAUCACAAUGUUACUAUGUCCUGCACUCAAUUCUGGGUGGGCCAUUAAAAGUGUCUUCUGCCCUAUGCUCAUAUUUAUGCUUCAUAAUAUAUGUAUUGCCUUUUCUUGACAGUAUCUGUCUUGUAAUUUUGUUGCAGUAUCACUAACACAGAGCCAAUGAGGAAAGUUAAUCUGUAUGUAGUGAAUGUUACCGACAUCUUAUAUUAUACAUUCAAAUGUAUAAAAAAUCAUAAUUGCCUACUGAAUGAACUUACCACAAUUUCUAAAGACUGUUGUAUCUGAAUGUAAUUUGACAUUGUGUCCAUAAAUUCUAUAAAAAGUGUACAGUGCAUAAUGACUUUUUUUGUCUUGUGGAAAUGCAAAUAUUAUUACCAAGUCAAAUGUCAUUAUUCAACUGAAAUAAAUUUCUAUUCCUUUAGUAAAAUUCA